CGCAUACCACACCUUUGGGGCACUAGAGGCUGUGGCACACAGCCUGCACGGCCCCAACAAACCCCCAAGAAGAAGAAGAAACUUACUUUAGGACACCGACAACGCUGAGCGACUAGGAGAGGAUGCCCAAAUAAAUAAGAACAAGGUAAUUACCCAGCACCUGGCAGCACGGGUGCAGCAGAGUGCAGAGGAGGCUGAGAGCAGCAGUCACUCCCCACCACCAUCAGUAUCACCACCAUGGCCAGGAAUCCCGUCCUGGUGCUGCUUUUCAGUGGUAAACGCAAGUCAGGGAAGGAUUAUAUCACUGACCAUUUGCAGGAGAGGUUAGAUGAAAGUAAGAGCAAGAUAAUAAGGCUGAGUGGACCCAUCAAGCAGCAGUUUGCUGAGGACAAUGGCUUGGAUUACUCACAGCUCCUCACUGCAUCGGAUUACAAGGAGAAAUACCGAUCAGAAAUGAUAACUUGGAGUGAAGCCAAGAGAGCGCAGGAUAGAGGCUACUUCAUCAGGGAAGCCAUUAAGAUGUUUGAAGGAAGCAAGUACCCGAUAUGGAUUGUGAGUGACAUGCGGCGGCGAAGUGACCUGGCAUGGUUCAGGGAGCACCACUCCUGUGCUAUCUACUCUGUCCGCAUCAUUGCCACUGAGGAGGCACGGAGGAAGAGAGGCUGGGUCUUUACUCCUGGUGUAGACGAUGCAGAGAGUGAAUGCGAUUUAGACACAGUUACUUCCUGGGACAUGGAAGUGGACAACAGUCAAGAGGAGAAUGAAGGGCAUAUGCUGAGUGUGCUUGAUUCUCUCCUCACUCUGUGCUCAGAACGGUUAGCAGCAGCAGCAGCAGCAGCAGCGAGAAGUGAUGUUGUUUCCAACACUACAGGUUAGAGUUUUUUUCAAGUGUUGACAAGCCAAUCCUUUGCCAGGGCUAAUUAUUUGAUUGCCUUUGAAGAUCAGGAUAUGAAACAGAUGGUUAUGUAAGAAGUCAUUAAUGCAACAUAAUCUACUAUUAUAUGAAACUCAUAAAAAUACUUUAGAAACAAACGGACUCAGAUGAGGAAAUUUUGUUCAUGAGAAAAGUAAUGGUAAGCAGUAAUACUCCAUUGAGGGCUUACUUGUCAGUAAGGCCUGACUGAUUUGUUGGCCAGCCAAUUUAAUCAUCUUGAUUGUGGCCAUUAGAAAAUAAUCGGUAAUCUGUCAAAAGUUCACUGAAUACGCUGAAGUGAGCAGUUUGCUAUAUUUAAGCCAUUAAAAGCAGGUAUUAAUUUAUUUCUUUAUUUUGAAAAACGUAAAAAUUUAAUCGGCCGAUAUAUGGGUUAUUGGAAUUUUCUAUCCCCCUUUAUCAGAAUUGGCAUGGCCACAAAAAAUCUAUAUCGGUCAGGUCCUACUAGUCAAUUUACAGAAGCAUAGUCUACAGAUGCUUUAGAGUUAUACUCCAUUCCUUUAAAAAAGAGAAGCAAGUGCCUUAAUAAGAACAUUAUGUGAAUACAGUACAUACUAGGCUACUCUUAAAGCAUGUGUCAUGAACACCGUCUGUUUGGAACCUUAUCCAUCUUAUCAUCUCAUUGAUGGAUUCACCCUUUCAAUGAGUUGCUUUGUCACCAUUAUCAAUAUGGAUUUAGAAGGGUUUUCAUGCUCUCUGUUUAUUUGUUUAGCAAUUAUCUGUGGAUUUUCUAUUAAUAUAUAAAUGUAGUUGAUCAUUAUCAGUUAUGUGCAAUGUAAGAUGACAUAUUUUCCUGAGGUGCAGCCUGUGCUGGCAUAGGCAAGCAAUGUUAACUUUGUCAAUCUUUCUAACUAUUGUCAAGUGAGUGAAUAGCCUGUAGUUGAUUUGUAAACCACUGAUGUGAUGCACACAUCAUUAAGCAUACUAGUAUUUUAAAACAUUAAUGUUUAA